AUGUUGUCUUCAUCAACAAAGUUGGCCAGAACAUUCACUGGUGUCAGAUUCUUCCACUCAUCACAGUUCAACUUGGCCUCGACUACCAAGUUGUUGAUCAAUGGAAAGUUUGUAGAGUCAAAGACUACUGAGUGGUUGGACGUUAAGAACCCAGCCACCAACGAGUUGGUCACCAAGGUGCCAUUGGCCACAGCUGACGAGAUGAAGGCUGCUGUUGAUGCCGCCUCGGCCGCCUUCCCAGCAUGGAGAGACGUGUCUGUCUCCAACCGUUCGCGUAUCAUCGCCAACUACAGAGCGUUGAUCAACAAGAACAUGGACAAGAUCGCAGCCAUCAUCACUGAGGAGCAGGGCAAGACUCUGCCCGACGCCAAGGGAGACGUCUUCCGUGGUCUCGAGGUAGUCGAGCACGCCUGCAACGUCGCCACCCUCAUGAUGGGUGAGACCGUUGAGAACGUCUCAAAGAACGUCGACAUCUACUCGUACAACCAGCCACUCGGUGUCUGUGCCGGUAUCACACCAUUCAACUUCCCAGCUAUGAUUCCAUUGUGGAUGUUCCCAUUGGCCAUUGCCUGUGGUAACACCUACGUCUUGAAGCCAUCUGAGCGUGUGCCAGGUGCCUCAAUGUACUUGGCCGAGCUGGCCAUCGAGGCCGGUGUGCCCGCUGGUGUUCUCAACAUCAUCCACGGCUCCAAGGACGCCGUCAACUUCAUCUGUGACCACCCAGCCAUUCGCGCCAUCUCCUUCGUCGGCUCUGGCGAGGCUGGAACCUACAUCCACGCUCGUGGUACCAAGAAUGGCAAGCGUGUGCAGUCAAACAUGGCCGCCAAGAACCACGCCACCAUCCUCCCAGACGCUCAGAAGGAGCGCACUCUUGACGCCCUCACUGGUGCCGCCUUUGGUGCCUCUGGUCAGCGUUGCAUGGCUCUCUCUGCCGCCAUCUUUGUCGGUGAGUCCCAGAAGUGGAUCCCAGAGCUCGUUGAGCGUGCCAGGAAGCUCAAGGUCACCUGCGGUUCAGUCGAAGGUGCCGAUCUCGGCCCCGUCAUUUCACCACAAGCUAAGGAGCGCAUCCACAAGCUGAUCCAGGUCGGUGUCGACGAGGGAGCCAAGCUUCUGCUCGACGGUCGUAACGUCAAGGUGCCAGAGAAGUACAGCAAGGGCAACUUUGUCGGACCAACCGUUCUGUCUGACGUCACCCCCAACAUGACCUGCUACAAGGAGGAGAUCUUUGGACCAGUGUUGGUCUGUCUCAAGGUCGACACUCUCGACGAGGCCAUCAAGAUGAUCAACGCCAACCCAUACGGUAACGGCACUGCCAUCUUCACCAGCUCUGGUGCCGCCGCCCGCAAGUACCAAUACGAGAUCGACGUUGGUCAAGUCGGAAUCAACCUUCCAAUCCCAGUUCCACUCCCAUUCUUCUCAUUCACUGGCUCCCGUGCAUCAUUUGUUGGUGGCUCUCACUUCUAUGGCAAGCAAGGUGUCAACUUCUUCACCCAGGUCAAGACCAUCACCUCCAACUGGAGAGACGACGAUAUCUCGACUGGUGUUGCCGUCAACAUGCCAAUCCUUGGCAAGCAGUAA